AGGGGAGGCGGAGGUCCCUCUCCUCCGCAGCGCGGACCCGGCUCCUGCCCGCCGCCGGGGCUCGGGCCGCCCGGGUAGGGAUGGCGGCGGCGGCCGAGCCCCGGGCCCGUGCCUGGCUCGGCGGUAGCUCGCCGCGCCCGGGCAGCCCGGCCUCCAGCCCCGAGCUAGGCGGCAGAGGCCGCGCGGGGCCGGGGCCGGGGCCGGGGCCGGGGCCGGGGUCUUGUCCGGAGCGGGCGGGCGCCAGGCCCCCAGGCCCCGCCGCGUCUGGCCACAGCUUCCGGAAGGUGACGCUCACCAAGCCCACCUUCUGCCACCUCUGCUCCGACUUCAUCUGGGGGUUGGCCGGCUUCCUGUGCGACGUCUGCAACUUCAUGUCCCACGAGAAGUGCCUGAAGCACGUGAAGACCCCCUGUGCGGGUGUGGCCCCUAGCCUGGUCCGGGUCCCCAUGGCCCACUGCUUCGGCCCGCGGGGUCUCUACAAGCGCAAGUUCUGCGCUGUGUGCCGCAAGACCCUGGAGGCCCCUGCGCUCCGCUGUGAAGUGUGUGAGCUGCACGUUCACCCCGACUGUGUGCCCUUCGCCUGCAGCGACUGCCGCCAGUGCCACGGGGACGGGCACCGGGACCACGACAUGCACCACCACCACUGGCGGGAGGGGAACCUGCCCUCCGGUGCGCGCUGCGAGGUCUGCAGGAAGACGUGCGGCUCCUCCGAUGUGCUGGCGGGUGUGCGCUGCGAGUGGUGCGGCGUGCAGGCCCACUCAGUCUGCUCGGCGGCGCUCGCCCCGGAGUGCACGUUUGGGCGCUUGCGCACCAUGGUCCUGCCUCCGGCGUGCGUGCGCCUGCUGUCCCGAAACUUCAGUAAAAUGCACUGUUUCCGCAUCUCUGAGAGCGCGGCCCCAGAGCCAGGUGAGGGGGACGAUGGUGUGGACGGAAGCAGCCCCACUGGCCUGGGCAGAGAGGUGCUGGCCCCGGAGUCCAGCAAACUGACCCUGAAGGUCUUUGACGGCAACGAUGCUCUGCAGAGAAACCACUUUCGAGUCAUCACUGUCCCCCGCCUGGCCAGGAGCGAGGAGGUCCUGGAGGCGGCUCUCCGGGCUUACUAUGUCACGGAGGACCCUCGAGACUUUGAGCUGCAGGCGCUCCCCCUGCCUGUCCACGCUGCGGACACUGGGGCUCGGGGCAAGACCCGGGCCGGUGGGAGUGCGGGGGGGGAGGACAGCAGAGGCCCUGGAUCCCGAGAGGCUGCACCCGAGGCCUGGAUCAUCCGCGCUCUGCCCCGCACCCAGGAAGUCCUGAGGAUCUACCCUGCCUGGCUCAAGGUGGGUGUGGCCUACGUGUCCAUCCGUGUGACCCCACAGAGCAUUGCCCGGACCGUGGUGCUGGAGGUUCUGCCGCUGCUUGGACGUCAGGCCGCGGGUCCUGAGAGCUUCCAGCUGGUGGAGGUGCUCAUGGGUAGCAGGCAAGUCCAGCGGACGGUGCUGGAGGACGAAGAGCCCUUGCUUGCCCGGCUUCAUGACAUCCGGCAGACGUCCCUGCGGCAGAUGACCCAGGUGCGGUUCUACGUGGCUGAGAGCAGAGUUGUGGUCCCCCACGUCUCCCUGUAUGUUGCUGGCCUGCCUCCCGGCCUGUCUGCCCAGGAGUAUGGCAGCCUGCUGGAGGAGGCUGUGGCCACCAAAGCUGGCCUGGUGUCCGUGAGCCACGUCUACUCCUCCCAAGGUGCAGUGGUGCUGGACGUGGCCUGCUUCGCAGAGGCUGAGCGACUGUACAUGCUGGUCAGGGACACAGCUGUGCACGGCCGGCCACUGACUGCCCUGGUGCUCCCAGACGUGUUGCACACGAAGCUGCCCCCAGACUCCUGCCCCCUCCUCGUGUUUGUGAACCCCAAGAGUGGAGGCCUCAAGGGCCGUGACCUGCUCUGUAGUUUUCGGAAGCUGCUGAACCCUCACCAGGUCUUUGAACUGACCAACGGGGGGCCUCUUCCCGGGUUCCAUGUGUUCUCUCAGGUGCCCUGCUUCCGGGUGCUGGUGUGCGGUGGGGACGGCACCGUGGGCUGGGUGCUUGCCGCCCUGGAGGAGAUGCGGCACCGUCUGGCCUGCCCAGAGCCUUCCGUGGCCAUCUUGCCGCUGGGCACAGGGAAUGACCUUGGCCGGGUCCUCCGCUGGGGGGCGGGCUACAGCGGAGAGGACCCAUUCUCUGUGCUGAUGUCGGUGGAUGAGGCUGACGCUGUGCUCAUGGACCGCUGGACCAUUCUGCUGGAUGCUCAUGAGGCUGGCGGUGCAGAGAACAGCGUGGCAGAUGUGGAGCCCCCCAAGAUUGUGCAGAUGAGUAACUACUGUGGGAUUGGCAUCGACGCAGAGCUAAGCCUGGACUUCCACCAGGCACGGGAGGAGGAGCCUGGCAAGUUCACGAGCAGGUUCCACAACAAGGGCGUGUACGUGCGAGUUGGGCUGCAGAAGAUCAGCCACUCCCGCGGCUUGCACAGAGAGAUCCGGCUGCAGGUGGAGCAGCAGGAAGUAGAGUUGCCAAGCAUCGAGGGUCUCAUCUUCAUCAACAUCCCCAGCUGGGGCUCGGGGGCCGAUCUGUGGGGCUCCGACAGUGACUCAAGGUUCGAGAAGCCACGCAUGGAUGAUGGGCUGCUAGAGGUGGUGGGGGUGACAGGCGUCAUGCACAUGGGCCAGGUCCAGGGUGGGCUGCGCUCUGGCAUCCGCAUCGCCCAGGGCUCCUACUUCCGCGUCACUCUCCUCAAGGCCACACCUGUGCAGGUGGAUGGCGAGCCCUGGAUUCAGGCUCCUGGGCACAUGAUCAUCUCAGCUGCGGGCCCCAAGGUCCACAUGCUCAGGAAGACCAAGCAGAAGCCCAGGAAGGCAGGGACCCCCAGGGAUGCCCGAGCAGAUGGGGUGCCUGUCCCCGAAGGGGACCCCAAGUAGAGGAGGGCCCUGGAGCAGUGUGCCUGUCCAGCAGCAGCUGCCGCCAACCAGUGAUGGAUGGACUUGCCUGCGGCCUCGACUGGGGGCGUCUCCCCCCACCCCCAUGCCACAUGGAAGCUGCUGGGUGGGUGGCAGGUGUUCCCCCCCUGGCCUCCGAUCCAGCGACAGGGUGGGCGCGGGGCUUUGGCUGGCCAAUCGUCCCACCCCUGCAGCCCAGGCCACCAUCCUGCGUGGCAGGCACUUCUCCCUUUGCGUCCCCCACCACCUCUGAGCCUGUUGAGCUGGGCAGCACUGAAUCCUGGGCCAACCCCCCAGAUGCUCCUAACAGAGUGUGCCCAGUACAGACCCUGAAUGCCAGCCACCAGGUCCUCCGGCCGACUGUCCCACUGAGGGCUGGGUGGGGGCACCUAUCGCUUGUGCUGGGAGAAGUUGCCUUCUCUCCCGGCCCACCACUGUGGAGGAGCUGCUUGGGCUGCACCUGGGGGGUGGAGGGGCCCGAGGCCAGGUGGGCUUGGCCAACAUCCUGACGGUGGAGCAGGAGGGGAGCUGGGCCCUCACAGGAGUGGGGCAGAGCGUGCCCAGAAGGGACCAGAAGCAAACCCAUGGAAGCCUGGGCUGGGAGGCCCAGAGGAAGUUUACAAGGUGUGACGUGGGGAGGAGCCAGCUUUAAUCACCUGUUUGUCAACAAUCAGCAUGCCCGUUCCCAGCACCUGUCGGGCUGACCAGACACCCGGGCCCCCACUACCCUGAGCUCAGACAGGCCCCAGGUCAGUCUGGUGCAUCUCCGGAGUCCCCCAGCGAGAGGCCCAGGAACCACGUCUCUCUACUUGUCCUGGCUCUUUGCUUUUGGCACCGUCUGGCUGGGCUCCACCCUGCCAGCCCCGUGUCCCCCAAGCUUCUGCCCAAACUGCACAAACGCACUGCUGUGGCCAUUUGUGACGGGACAUUCCUACCCUGUGCCUCCAGCACACAAGCGUGUGUCCGCCGUGAUGUCCCCGGUGGUGCAGUUAGUGUUUGCUUCGCAGGCCUUGGCGCCGGUUCUGGCCUGUAGCUGCCUGUCCUUCUGUAUUUAAGUGAGUCUGUGUGCCCAGAGGGGCAGUGUGGGCUCGGCACCCAGGCCCUCGUGUACCUUGUCACUACCUGAAUGUAAGCCUAAUUCAUGUCCAGGACAAAUACAGUGUGGGCACUGCUG